AUGAUGGCACAUACGGCUCUUAUAUACCUCUGCAACGUCCCAAAUUCAUUACCGUGGGAGAUAAAUAAGCAACGGAUCAUGCCUACAUAUGAAGAAGAGGCGCUGGCAGCUGCCCUUGAAAUCGCCAACCUUACCCGAUCCCUCGACGAAUUUGGUAUUUUCAAAGCAAGAUUGGCCUAUCAGUUCUUGUUAUGGAUAUCCCGCUAA